GGAACUAGAAUAAACUUAGGCAACUCUUGGCUCGACUUAUGGCUUGACCCUAUCGUGUAGAAAAUAAUGACAUCAGCAUUGCAGUCUUAGAUGUGUUUAGGUUUAUUAUAUUGAAUAAGUUGUUAGACACAGAAAAAUAGCACCUUCCAUGUUUUAGGAACUACAAGCAUACUAAAUUACGCUUUUCCCACGCUUUUAUGUUGCCACACUAUAGGGACUAUUAACUACUUGUGAGAAGUAUAAUAAAAGUGUGUCUUGUGUCUUACUUUUAUCACAAAAGCUGACACAAAACUUCUUGAGUUUUAAAAAGGUUAAACAAAUUGUUGUUAAUAUAAAUAUAAGACAUAUCUAUUUUGCUCUGAAUGAUUUUAUAAUAAUUAUUCCCAAUAGAAGCAAGAAUGUCAAAAGAGAAAGAAACUGAUGCCGCAACGGCAUUGUCUCAAAUGAGUCAAUUAGUGCCAUUUGAUUUAUCAAGCAGUUUAUCUUCAGCUGAGCAGGAGGCCAUUUUAGAAGCUGAUGCUAUUGGUGCAACAUGUACUUUGCAGCCAUCUUCGUUAGAUGCUGAUAUGUUUUUUCCAUUACACGAUGAACGUUCACUCAAUACUCCACAUCAAAACGUCAACGCAGAUCCAUAUAUAUCAUUUGAUGAUGCUGAACAUCCGUAUGCAGCAAACACUGCAGAUGCUUUCAAGCAGAAACACGCAUCCUUAGUUUCAAGAAGCGAUAGUUUUAUUUCAUUCGAUGGAGCUGAGCAUCCAUAUGCGGCGAACACAUCGCAUUUUCAAUUCAAGUCGCAAUCAAAAGAACUAGAAGACCUCACCUCGCCAACGAGAUCGAACCCUUUGUCAUGCAUUAUAUGCGAUAAAACGUUUCAAUCCCAAAGCGGUCUGAUGGUUCAUUUACAAUUUCACGCUGGUCGGAAACCACAUUCGUGUAAGACGUGCAGGAAAUGUUUCACUACAAAGAGCGAUUUAAAAAGACAUUUUAAGACACACGAGAAGCAUUCGGUAAAUAAGUAUGAGUGUGAAAUAUGUGAAAAAACUUUCCGUGACCAGGCUACCAAAACAAGACACAUGAAAAAACACAGCGACGACAAUCGUUUCAAGUGUGAACAGUGCUUUAAAGUGUUCAAUCGCGCAGACAGUUAUAAAAAUCACGUAAGUACUCAUUCGAGUAAAAAGCGAUUUAAAUGUGACGUAUGUUCGAGUGAGUUCAACUAUAAGUCAAGUUAUAAUCGUCACUGUGCAACACAUAACACGGAGAGUUUGUACAUUUGUGACAUAUGCGGAAAAGCUUUCCGACGUGCUGAUUACGUGGACAGUCACAAAAAACUUACUCACGGGCAAGACAUUAAGCAACCAGAAAAAAAAUACCCAAGCCAUAAAAAAUGUAUAUCUUUAUCAAAUGAGAAAAACAAACUGCGUUCUCGUAAGAAAAUGUCGAAAGCGAAGAAAAGUGGCCAGAAAAAACCUACUCAGUAUGGAGCCCGAACGCCGUAUUCUCAUGUAGAUUUGACGACAAUCAAUACGGAGACUGGAACUAGUAUGAACGCCGUACCAAUCCUAAUGUCAAUGGCUGAAAACGCUGCGAAUAGCGUUUUGAAAAAACCAAGUAAAAAAUCCGCUGUCAAAAAUUCUUCGAAUACAACCAUGAUGGCGGACGUUGGGACGCCGCUAUCCUCUCCUCAAAUUGACAACGGUUUUAUUUCCUGUUUGGACGAUAGUUCGAAUGAUGAACAAUCGGAAUGCGAAUCUAAUAAUUCCGACGGGAUGCGUAUUUGUAUAAGCGAGACAGAGGAUGAUUUGUCAAUGCCUGCCAAGCGUGCUUCUUGUAUUGUGUCUAACCAAACAACAACUAAGAAAUGCUAUGCGUUCCUUUUUUGUUUUGAUUUAUAUUCUGGUUGUUUAUACAGACACGUUUUCACUUCAUUAAAGCGGAGUAUAAUGACGCAGUUCACUUGUUGGUUUUUUACCUCCUUAAGACUAUUUACCUCCUUAAGACUAUUCCAAAAAUCAAAGACGCUUUUCCGUCAUAAUCAUCAUUAAGCGUCCAACGUCCCGACAAUUAUCUGA